AGGUGACGUAAUUGUUAUGGGAAUUAUUCGCAACACGAUAAUGGAGUCUUCUGGAAGUCCUAAUAGUCACAAGGUGGUGUUUGAGAAGGAGGGGGUCUAUCUCCAUACCAGCAGUAAGAGAAAUGCAGAUCAGAGCUCUCUGAUCCCCGGGAUAGUCUAUCUAGUGGACCGGGGUACCGAAACAACACUGGAGUGGCGCCCCCUAGAGGAGGUGAAAGGAAAUGCAGCUCAGUUUCUCUUCACUAAGAAGGACACCUCUAACAAUGAAGAAGUUAUGACCUUUGACCCCGGCUACGAACCUGAUUGGGCCGUGAUCAGCACUAUCAAGACACGCCCCCAUGGUGAUGCAACAGGUUCACGACCGGCUGCAGUUGGAGGUCUGUCACCAGGGGGCAGUGCCGGUAGCUUACACUCCUUUUCUGUCCCUCUCUCCGAGCUCCACUCCCUCCGUCGGUCCCGCUUUUCCCUGGGGCGCUCUUUCAUGGUCCUCACUUCCCGUGGAGGGGGGACGUUUCCAGCGCUGCACUUCCACAGGGGGGGCACCAGGGGGCUCCUGAGAGCCCUGCAGAGAUACGUGAUCCUGGCUCCCUCCCCAGUUGACAAUAGGCUGUUCCUGGUGUACCCACACGACUCUAGCGCCCUCUCUCAGUCCUUCGAUGAAUUGCAGAUGUUCGAUGACGGAACCCACGACCUGGUGUCUCGUUUUAUUCAAGACCCUUAUGCUACCACUUUUGGAGGAUUCUCCAAAGUGACCAAUUUCUUCAGGGGUGCCCUGCGCCCCCCAGAUUCUGCUUUGGGACGUCCCGCCGGGAGUCUGGGCUUAGCUGAGGAUGAACCUGAAUUUGAAUUGAUUUCAUGUGAGGCGGCGCUUGGCCCCAGGUUGCCAGUGCAGAGGGCGGAGCCUCUCGACAAGUGGGAGGAGCAUCUGGACCCAGAGGGGCGUGUCCUGAAUCCUGAGCGAGUCAAGGAGCAGAUCUUCAGAGGGGGCGUCUCCCCCUCUCUCCGCCGCGAGGUCUGGAAGUUUCUCCUGGGAUUUUAUCCCUGGGAAAGUACAAUUCAGGAGAGGCAGGAUAUCCUUCGUAAGAAAACAGACGAAUAUUUUCGAAUGAAAGUUCAGUGGAAGUCUGUCAGCGAGGAGCAAGAACUGAGAAAUUCCCUAUUGAGGGGAUAUCGAAGUCUCAUAGAUCGGGAUGUCAGCAGGACGGAUCGCUGUCACCGUUUCUUCUCCGGGAACGACAAUCCUGGCCUGACGCUCCUCAACGACGUUUUGAUGACGUACUGCAUGUACAACUUUGACCUGGGGUAUGUUCAGGGGAUGAGCGACCUCCUCUCUCCAAUCCUCUUCAUCACUCAGAACGAAGUGGAGGCCUUCUGGUGUCUGGUGGGGUUCAUGGAGCUGGUGCAUCACAAUUUUGAAGAAUCUCAAGAGGCGAUGAAGCAGCAGCUGAUCCAGCUGAACAUCCUGCUUCGAACCCUGGACCCUGAGCUCUGCGACUUCCUGGAUUCUAAAGACUCCGGCACGCUGUGCUUCUGCUUCCGCUGGCUCCUGAUCUGGUUCAAACGAGAGUUUCCAUUUGAAGACGUCCUCAAACUGUGGGAGGUGAUGUGGACCGGUCUGCCCUGCGCUAACCUGCACUUGUUGUUGGCCUGCGCCAUUCUGGAUUCCCAGCGGGGGGAGCUAAUAAAUUCUGACUUUGAUUUCAAUGACAUUCUUAAGCACAUCAAUGAAUUGAAUAUGAAGCUGGAUUUGGAAGAUCUUCUUUGCAGAGCUGAAUCCAUCUUCAAACAACUCACAGCCUGUCCGGAUUUGCCUGUCAAGGUUCAGGCAGUACUGGGAUUGUUCAGCCCAGUUGAAGCUCCGCUCUCGGACCCAAGCUCCCAGUCCGAUCCCAGCUCCCCCCAGUCGGAGAGCAGGACUGCCGACAGCCCUAGCCAACCAGAGAGCAGCAUCGAGGUUCUGACCACACCCCCCUCGGAACCCUGAGCUCAACUAAGAUUUCCCUCUCUUGAAAAACUCAACAACAUUUUUUGUCCCAGUAAUACUUUAUCCUGUGCAUAUAAUUAAGUCACUUUUUCUGUUUUUUCUCUCCCUCAAAAAAAAAUCUAAUUCAAAAGAGCCUUUAUUGGCAUGACAAAAUCAAAUGGAAGUUUUGCCAAAGCGCUUAAACACACAUCAACGCAAACAGAUAACACCCCCGCACCCCCGCACCCCCCCUCAGUCUCGCUCUCUCCGUGUGUCUCAAAAAAGGCUUUACUCUGUCUCUGUCUCUGUCUCUCUCGCUCUCUCGCUGUCUCGCUCUGUCUCUCGCGCUCUGUCUGUCUCUCUCUGUCUCUCUCUCGCUCUCUCACUAUCUCGCUCUCUGUCUCUCCCACUCUCUUACUGUCUGUCUGUCUCUCUCUUGCUCUGUCUCGUUCUCUCACUCUGUCUCUGUCUCUCUCUUGCUCUGUCGCUCUCUUGCUGUCUCACUGUCUCUCGCUCUCUUGCUGUCUCUCAGAUGUGUAAUUCUAAUAGACUUGUAUGUAAUCUAUAUGGAUAGAUCUCUUCACAUAUUCCACCUGUGUGCGUCUAAUCAGAACUGUUCAUUGGAGCACAAUCUUGUAUCUCAUUAAUAUAUCGCUGUAUCAAUAAACUGCUGCCUGCAACUA